AUUUAUCCAUGAGAGAAAACAGUACAGAUUGUAUGUAUGAUUGUUAUUUUUUUAAUCCACUAAAUAACAACAAAGAUACAACUGAGUUUAGUGUUUGUUUCCUUUCAAGAUGUAAUAAGUUGUUUGUUUGUGUGUGUGUGUUUACAAGAAAAAGAAAAAAAGCAAGAUCAAAUCAUCCAGUGUCAUUUUUAGAUACCAUUAUCAUUAUUAGUACUGCUUAUCCUUAUUUUAUUGGAUUGUUCUAUUAUUCAAUAACAAAUUUGUUUGAAUGCAUUAGAAAGUUUUCAGUACAAAGAUUAAAGUAUUAAAAUGUCUUUCUGUGCUACACUUUAAUUAGCAAAACAUCUUGAUAACAAAAAAAUGUAUUCAAAGAAUAUUUUCAAUACAGUAACAAUUAACAACUGUUUAUUUUUAUUAACAUAAGAG